AUGAAAGUUUAUAUAAAUCAAAUUUUAUUAACUUCAAAAUCUAGUCAGUUGCAUAUAUUCAAAAAUACUCAAAUUAUCAAUUCAGCAAUCCAAUCCCUACUUCCACCUCCUAGGAGAACUACUAUGCCCAAGCCAGAACCUCCGUACUCCAAGAAACCAAUGUCAAAGGGAUUUAGUUCAUCUUCGUUAGCAACCCCAGAAGAAGCGGCAGGUCUAGAUGCAAGCAAGAUGCCUCCGUUUAACAAUAUGCCUGGCUAUAGGGAUCAUAAGAUGCAGCAGAUAAAGAGGUUCGCUGGAUCUGGAAGUGAGGAUGACCCUGGACAUUCUGGGGAAGAGGAGACCGUUUCCUUCAUUGACCUGCCUCCUAAUAACCUCGCGAAACUUCCUGAAAAGGGAAUACUAAAGAAGCCUUGCCCCUAUGGAGGCGAAGAUACUUGUCAUAAAAAGUGGCUGGAAGAUGCUGGAGCCGACCCUCAAGAAAUUCUCGAUAACAGCCUCACUCUGGGACCUGACAUGAUAUCAACUGGUCCCAGUUCAGAGGUGGAAAGGACUUUGAAGUCAUUAAAUGGUUAUCAUGAGGAUAUUUUAGAGGCUUUGAGAAGCGCAGCAUCUCGCCACUCAGGCGCUUCGAGCGAAGACCUACUGAGAAGGUCACUCGCAGCAGCUGCUGUUGGUCUUGAUCCAUGUCCAGCGUAUAACAGGGUUAAUUCUCAGGACAAACUCUGCUCAGAUCAGAGUCACGGGUCUCAGACUCAUGUAGUCAUGGUUGAAAAUAGUUCUCCCUCUCCCUCUGGUCAUCAUCACCACCGAAGGACUAACCAUAGGACGGAAAAUCAAGAUGAUGAGGAGGAAGAGGAAUUGCCUCCCUCAGGUCCAAUUAGAAUCCGUAACCUCGAAGACCUUAUAAGACAGCUAGAACAUAAGACAACAAGGCAUAUGAGCCCUUCAGGAUCAGAAGAUAUACGAAUGUCUGAAACUGAAGCUGAUCGACACUAUAACCGCCUUGACCCCCAAUCUGGGCGAGUUCGAGGCAGCUCGGAUUUUGUUUACAGUAGAUAUAGGCAUGGGACAGGGAGAGGAGCAGGCUACUUGCCUGAAGAAGAAGGGAUAUACGAGUCGGCUGACCAGGACAGAGUAUCAGUGCAGCCAAGGGAAGCUCCCUAUAAUGCGGACACACCUGAUAGCGAAAGUGAUGACUUUAUUCAAGCUCAACAACGACUUCACCGAUCGGCUAGCGACGAAGAAGAAGAAGAUGGCGGUGAGGUGAGGGUGGAAGGAGAUUCGUCACAACGUGAGGAUUCCCCGUCGCCUAGCAAUGACCAAUCAGCGCUCAUCCCUCCGGGGCCCAAAUAUCCAGAAUAUAAACACUGA